AUGGGUAAAUCAUCGAAAAGAUCGAGAAGAAAAACUAGAAGAAAAUUAAACCCUUAUAAUAUUUAUAUGAGGGAUGAGAUCGCUGCUAUUAAAGAAAGGGAUCCAAAAAUACCUCAUAGAGAAGCUUUUACUCAAGCCUCAAGAAGUUGGAGUACAUCAAUGAGAAAUCCAAAGAAUCAACUUUCGAAUAAUCAGGGAAAAAUUCCAAGGAAUAAAUCAAAGAGACGAGAAAUAAUUAAAGAGAAAAAAGCAAAAAAACAAACGAGAAAACAGGUGAUGGAUCAAAAGGAAAUUCAAAAAAUAUUAAAUAAUGAUAAAUCCAAGAAACAAGAAACAAUAUUUCAAGAUAUACUUCACAUGAUUGGUGAAGAAUAUACUGAAACUGAGGCUGAAGCUGAAACUGAAGGUAAAAAAGAAAGAGUCAAUGCUAAUGAUGAUAUUGAUGAACUUGAUGUUGAAAUGAGUGAAACAAAUGAAAAUGAAGAUAAAAAUGUUGAUAAUCAACAUCAGACAGUUAUUACUGAUGCUGAUGUUAAUAUGACAGUUGAUGACAAACUUGAUGUUGAAACGGAAACGAAUGCUAAUGAGGAAAUGGUUAAUGAUAAUAAUAAUGCAAACGAUAACGAUAAUGUUGAAACAGAAAUGAUUGAGAAUGAAGAAAAUGGAGAAAUGGUAAUGAUGAAUCAAGAUAAUAAUGAUAAUAAUAAUGAUGAUAAUGGUGAUAAAGCAGAAAUUAGUAAAGCGAAUCAAAUGGUUGAUGACGAAAGAGAUAAUGACGAUCAAAUGGUUGAGAACGAAGCGGCAGAAAAUGAUGAAACUAUUGGUUCAGGAGUGAGCGAAGGAAAUCAAGCGGCUGAGAAUGAAACUAUUGGCUCAGGAGUGAGCGAAGGAAAUCUGGCUGAGAAUGAAACUAUUAACUUGGGAGUGAGCGAAGGAAAUCAAGUGGCUGAGAAUGAAACUAUUAACUCGGGAUUGAGUGAAGAGAAUCAAGCUGUUGAGAAUGAAGAAACGAUUAAACCAGGACCUAUGCAUGAUGUGAAGAAAAUUAUUGAGAAAAUAACUGAUAUUGAAUCUCUUAAACAUAGCGAUAUUUAUAAAGUUUUCGAGAAAAAUGUCUUUAUUUGUGAUAGCUGCAAACGCCCAUAUUUAGUAAGGAACGACCACACACAAUAG